CCUUGAGAUGACGAGUGAAUAGCGAGACAUCCUUGCUACAUUCACUUUAUACCCAUCCAGACAUAUUGCGUUUGACCACUUUCACCAUGGUGGCCCUCGACACCCAAGCCUCCCUCGAGCUACCGGUACUGGCGCAUUCAACGACAACCAUCACUGCCGGCGCAUGUCAGUAUAGGAAUCUCGUCACAUUCCUCACUCUACACUUACUGCUGGCCUCGUGAUAGCCUCUCCUCCAGAUUGUGAUCAAAUGAUGGAUGACAAACAUCACAUCCUCCUCAUAGGAGGCACUGGAGUCUGCGGUCUGAUCUUCGCCCAGGCAGCUCUAGACGCUGGCCAUAAACUCACUCUCUACGCCCGAACACCCUCCAAGAUUCCCGCCGAACUAUCUGCAAACGCCAAUCUCAACAUUAUUGAGGGCGAGUUCGGAGAUGUCGAGGGCUUGAAGAAGGCGGCAGCAUGCGGAGCCGAUAUAUUCCUAUCCCUAGCUGGUCCAACGCUAGGGAAAAAAGAUGGAACGGUGGGAUCUCCUCGAUAUCCUCCUUCCCAACUCUCGCUAAUUCCCAUCUAGCCCAUUACCGAAUGCCUCAAGAAUCUCUACCCCCUCCUCUUAGCAAACGGCACCACCAAACGGAUCAUGAUCCUCUCCACCGCUUCCUACUCUGCCCCAGAAGACACCAGUAGCUUCAAAUGGUACAUAGCCAUCAACUGGUACAUCAAAAUCAUCGGAGGGGAUUCAUAUGCCGAGAUCAACGGCAUGGCCAAGGAGACAGCUGCGCUGGGUGAAAAAAUCCACUGGACUAUGUUCCGGGUGCCAUUGUUACAUGGGACGAAACUGGACGGGAAUAAGGGCGAUGCUCACGCUGUUUUCGUGGGUGACAGUAAAGGUCGGGAUGGAUUGAAUCUGGAUCGAGGAAGGUUGGCGAGUUGGAUUUUGAAUGAGAUGUAUGAGGAGAAGUGGAAUAUGCUGUGUCCUCUUCUUGCGAAUGCCUGAGUGAAAAGGAAAAUUCCUGGCUUGAGGACGUUGAGAUAAUCAUUGGAUUUUCACGUGGAUAUCUGAGGUGUACAUGGAACAUACCGGGUUAUAUACAUGUAAGUGACACAACCCCGCAUGUAAAAAAACUCUACUUUGACGACAAUAUGAUGCCACACAUCAAUAUAUCCAAAUUGGACGCGUUUUUGGAUGGCAUCUACGUGUGCUAGGGAUGGUAUUGUGCCAUGAUUUGCUGGUUUUUAUUGUUGUAUAUACCUGAUGUAACUUUGUAAUAUAUUAGUUUUCUUCUUUUAC